AUGGCACUCGCCACCACUCUCUCUGCCCUUUGCAUCGUUGCACUAGCCCUAACCCCAAUCGUCAUUGCUCAAAACAGCCCUCAAGACUUCUUUGACGCGCACAAUGCAGUGCGAGCCAAGGUCGGGGCUGAACCCCUCUUUUGGGACGAAGAACUUGAAGCUUACGCUAAAAAUUAUAUCACGUCGAAGAUUAAAACUUGUGAAAUGGUGCACUUUGUUGGCCCUUAUGGUGAGAACUUGGCAACAGCGAACCCCGUGUUAACCGCAGCAGCUUCAGUGAACACAUGGGCAGCCGAGAAGAAGUACUAUAACCAUAACUCGAACAAAUGUGAGGGAGGCGAGUGCCGACAUUAUAGACAGUUGGUGUGGAAGAAUAGUUUUUUGGUGGGUUGUGCUACUGUUAAAUGCAAGAACAAUUGGUCUUUAGUCUCAUGCAACUAUAGUCCUUCUGGGAAUGUUGUAGGUGAGCGACCUUAUUAG